AUGACUUCCGGGUGGCGGCGGUCAACACCAUUGGCAGAGGUCCAGCCAGCGACUCCUGUGGAGGCCAGAACAGCAGAACAGGCCCCGUCGUCACCCCCACGACAGGUCAGAGGUCGUAUGCUGAGUACCACCACAGCUAUAAUCCACUGGGAUGGACCUGAGGAGGCUAACGGGCAGGUGGUGGGAUACAGAGUCUACUAUACAGACGACAACACACUGCAAGUCAACCAGUGGGAGAAGCUGAUGGUUCGUGGUGUGAACUUCAUCACCAUCCAGAGUCUGACCCCUAAUAAGACCUAUUACAUCAGAGUCCUGGCCUUCACCUCUGUAGGAGACGGACCUCUCUCCCAGGACCUGCAGAUCAUAGCCAAGACUGGAG